AAGGAAUAAAUACAUAUAUUUACUUUUUCAUUAAAACAAUCAAGUUGCGCAGAAACUGUGUAAUGGAAUGUUUAUUUUCAUAUAAUAUUAAUAUAAUAAAAAAUCAAGUGUAAAAAGUUAAAGUUCAGAAUAAUUAAUACAUACAGUUUUUAUUAUUCUAUAAUGUUACGUUUAGUAGAACGUUUAAAAAUUUUCGAUAAAUGUGCAUCUAAGUGUAAAUUAAUCUUAAAUCGUAAAUCUCCACAAAAUUUGUUUAAUAAUUCAUUUUUAUAUACUAAUGCUAAUUUCAAUGUACAUAUUAAAGAAGAAUUAAAAGAAAUUUUUAAAUUAAAAGAUACUAAUAUAAGUAAAUGGAUAAUGGAGAAUAAAGUACGAAACCUAUGUCACACGUAUGUGGAAAGUAAAAAAGAACAAAAACAAUAUAUUUUGCAAGUAUUAGCUAAAAAUUAUGCAAUUGAACAUGACAGUGUACUCGAAAAUGUAAAAAAACUUCUUCGUACAGAAUUGAAUAACGAAAGACAAAUGAUUAUUCACGAAAGAAAUCUACAAAGUACUCUUAUACCACAUUAUCAAUGGUUAUUUAUUAUCAUGGGACGUCUUAAAUAUGGUGUUAAAUUUUUAGUUGAUCUAAGAACAGACAUUUUAGAAUUAAUAUCAGAAACAAAUGACAGUGAGAAAAAUUUUCUGAUCCAACAACUGAAUCUUACACUCCAAGGUUUAUUAUUGUUAUGGUUUUCAGUAGGAUUUUUGCAUUUAGAACGAAUAACAUGGGAAAGUUCUUGUGAUAUAUUGCAAAAGGUUUCAGAUUAUGAAGCGAUACAUCCUAUAAGAAAUUGGGUAGAUUUAAAACGAAGAGUUGGGCCAUAUAGAAGAUGUUAUAUAUUUACGCAUCCAUCUAUGCCAAGAGAACCGCUUGUUGUACUUCACACAGCAUUGUGUGAUACUAUACCAAAUAGUGUUAAAGGAAUUGAAGAAGCUGAACAGAGAAUUCUAGGAAGAGUAGGAACAAAAGUUACGUCGUAUUUAGAAGAAGAUAAAUCAAAAAUAACAGCAGCAAUAUUUUAUUCAAUAGCAUCCACACAAAGAGGAUUGCAAGGUAUUGAAUUAGGUAAUUACCUUAUUAAGGAGGUAGCUAAUGAAGUGGUUACAGAAUUUCCAAUGAUACAUGAAUUAUCUAGUUUAUCUCCUAUUCCUAAUUUUAGAAUAUGGUUAUUAGAAAAGAUGAAACAAGAUAUUUCUUUCAUAUUUACAUUAGAAGAGCAAGAAUCUAUAAAAAAUAUUCUUCAAACAAAUGAUAUAUUUCUAACAUUAAAAAAAGUUUUUAAUAAUUCAUUAUGGACAUCUGACGAACAAUUAUCAAAUUUUCUUAAAAAGCCAUUACUUCGGGCAUGUGCAUGGUACCUGUAUAAAGAAAAACGUCGUAGUUAUGCUUUAAAUAAUGUUGCAAAUUUUCAUUUGCGAAAUGGAGCUAUCAUGUGGAGAAUAAAUUGGAUGGCUGAUUCUUCGCCACGAGGUAUUGCAAAUAGUUGUGGCAUAAUGGUAAAUUACAGGUAUUAUUUGAACGAAUGUGAAAAUAACAGUCGGAAUUAUAUUGAAAAUUAUUUCAUAAAUGCUUCCGAAAGUGUAAUCAACCUUAUAUCAUAAACAAUAAAAGAAAACAAAUAAGAAGUCAAGGCUGGCUUUGAUGAAAACCAGUGGGAAGAUGAGGUCUACUUUCUAGUUUUGUAUAAUCCAGAUGGAAUUCCUUAGCUACC